CACAGCCCGCAGAGCUCGAGUCAACUCGUUUGUUUUGUUCACGGUGUCGAAAAUUCGCAAAGCUCUCAUGCUUAGCCAACAUAAGGUUCCGUUAUUUCGGUUUGCUUCCCGCCACGGCCUCUCAAAGUCCCGGUUUCUCUCAACCUCCUCGCACAGCAUCGGAGUAACCAAGAAAUCAUGCAUCCAGUACCUCCAGAACUGCAAAUCCGUGAGCCUGCUCGAGCAAAUCCUGACCCAAAUCUUUGGGGUCGGACUCCACCAUAACAAGGACACCCUCAACAAGCUUAUGGUCUUCUGCACGGACCCAUCUCUUGGUAACUUGAUUUACGCGGAGAAAAUCUUCAAUUACGUGCAAGAACCGAGCUUGUUCAUGUACAAUGUGCUGAUCAAAGCAUUUGCAAAGAAGGGUAGCUUUAGAAAAGCCAUUUGGCUCUUUGGGCAAUUGAGAAAGGAUGGCCUUUGGCCUGAUAAUUUUACGUACCCAUUUGUUUUCAAGGCGAUAGGGUGCUUGGGAGAGGCUUCGGAGGGUGUUAAAAUUCAUGGGUUUGUGGUGAAGACUGGGCUUGAGUUUGACACUUAUGUCGGUAACUCACUCAUUGACAUGUAUGCCGAACUGGGCAGGAUUGAGGAUUUCAAUCAGCUGUUCGAAGAAAUGACUGUCAGAGACGCAGUGUCUUGGAACGUUAUGAUUUCAGGGUAUGUUAGGUGUAGGAGGUUUGAAGAUGCAGUGAAUGUUUUUCAGAGAAUGCGAAAAGAGAGCAAUGUAAAGCCUGAUGAAGCCACAGUUGUAAGCACUUUAUCAGCUUGUACGGCAUUGAAAAUUUUGGAGCUUGGCAAGGAGAUUCACGACUAUAUUGGGAAGGAGCUUGAAGUUACUAUUAUAAUUAGCAAUGCUUUGUUAGACAUGUAUGCUAAGUGUGGGUGUUUGAGUGUAGCUCGGCAAAUUUUUGAUGAGAUGCCAAAGAAAAAUCUGAUUUGUUGGACUAGUAUGGUGUCUGGGUAUAUAAACUGUGGUCAGCUGGAUGAAGCUAGAGAGCUGUUUGAGAGGAGUCCAGUUCGGGAUAUAGUUCUUUGGACAGCAAUGAUCAAUGGGUAUGUGCAGUUCAACUGCUUUGAUGAGGCCAUGACCUUAUUUCGAGAGAUGCAAAUUAGAAGGGUUAAACCAGAUAAAUUCACCGUGGUUUCUCUCCUAACUGGUUGUGCUCAGGUGGGAGCUCUAGAACAAGGAAAAUGGAUUCAUGGAUACAUAGAUGAGAAUAGAAUUAUGGUGGAUGCAGUUGUUGGCACUGCGCUUAUAGAAAUGUAUGCAAAAUGUGGGUGCGUGGAGAAAUCUUUGGAGAUUUUCUACGAGUUAAAGGAAAAGGAUACUGCCUCUUGGACCUCAAUUAUUUGUGGGCUUGCCAUGAAUGGCAAGACAAGCAAAGCACUCGAGUUGUUCUCAGAAAUGAAAAAAGCUGGAGCUAAACCCGAUGAUAUCUCAUUUGUUGGUGUUUUAAGUGCUUGUAGUCAUGGAGGAUUGGUUGAGGAAGGCCGCCAUUUCUUUAUUUCCAUGACCAAGGUUUAUAAGAUUGAGCCAAAAUUAGAACACUAUGGGUGUCUGAUUGACCUUCUUGGUCGAGCUGGAAAGCUGGACGAAGCAGAGGAAUUGAUAGAAAAAGCCCCUAAAGAAAAUAAUGGAAUUGUGGUUCCACUUUAUGGUUCUUUGCUUAGUGCAUGCAGAGUCUAUGGCAAUGUUGAGAUGGCUGAACGGGUGGCUGAACGGCUAGUAAAAAUUGAGUCAAGUGAUUCCAGCAUCCAUACACUUCUUGCAAAUAUCUAUGCCUCAGCAGAUCGAUGGGAAGAUGUAACAAAAGUGAGAAGGAAAAUGAAAGAUCUUGGGGUUAAAAAAGUGCCUGGGUGUAGUUUAAUUGAGAUUAAUGGGAUUGUCCAUGAGUUUGUUGUUGGAGAUCCGUCUCACCCAGAAGUGAAAGAUAUAUAUUCCAUGUUGGAUAGGCUGGCAAGACCUUUGUUGGGUUCAGAAGAAAGUGAAUUGGAGAGAGGGAAUCUGGUUCCAUUUUAUUGCUGAGGAGCCAAUUUGCAUUUUUGGGAAUUUUUCCAGCCACAAAAAGAGCUCAUGAAAAUUUGCAGUCUUUUUUUUUUCAACAAUCAACAUUAUAUUUGUUCAGCCACUUGAGAAAAGGGGGUGUACAGUUCUAUGAG